AUGCCCAUGCUCAAAGAUCCCUCCAAGAAGUACAAGCCGUUUAAACCGCUUCGUCUUCCUAACCGCCAAUGGCCCGAUCAGACCAUUGACCAGGCCCCUCGGUGGCUGGCCACCGAUCUCCGAGAUGGUAACCAGAGUCUGCCCGAUCCCAUGGACGGCGAACAAAAAUUCCGUUUCUUCAAGAUGCUGGUAGAUAUCGGGUACAAGGAAAUCGAAGUGUCGUUCCCGUCGGCCUCGCAGACGGAUUUCGACUUCACCCGCCGCCUGGUCGAGACCCCCGGCGUCACCCCCGACGAUGUCUGGCUUCAGGUGCUGGCCCCCUGUCGCGAGGACCUCAUCCGCCGCACCGUCGACUCCCUCAAGGGCGCCAAGAAGGCCAUCCUGCACAUCUACCUGGCCACCAGCCCGUGUUUCCGUCGCAUCGUCUUCAACAUGGACAAGCAGCAGAGUCUGGAAAUGGCUGUCCGCUGCACGAAAUAUGCUCGUUCCAUCACCAAGGACGACCCCACGAAUUCCGGCACCCAGUGGCACCUUGAGUUCUCCCCCGAGACCUUCUCCGACACUGAGCCGGAGUUCGCGGCGCAAGUCUGCGAGGCCGUCAAGGCCGCCUGGGAGCCCACUAAGGAGGACCCCAUCAUCUUCAACCUGCCCGCCACGGUCGAAAUGGCCACCCCCAACGUCUUCGCCGACCAGGUCGAGUACUUCUGCCGAAAUGUCUCAGAGCGAGAGAAGUACGUUGUGUCGGUACACCCCCACAAUGACCGCGGCUGUGCCGUCGCCGCGGCCGAACUGGCUCAGAUGGCUGGUGCGCAGCGUGUCGAAGGUACCCUGUUUGGGAAUGGCGAAAGAACCGGUAACGUGGAUCUGGUGACCCUGGCGCUGAACCUCUACACCCAGGGUGUCACGCCCAAGGUGGACUUCUCGGACAUCAAUGCCGUCAUCAAGGUGGUGGAAGAGAGUAACAAGAUCCCCGUCAACGAGCGGUGGCCAUACGGCGGCCAGCUGGUCGUUUGCGCCUUCAGUGGCAGUCACCAGGACGCCAUCAAGAAGGGAUUCAAGCUGCGAGAGGAGGCCAAUGCUACGGACGACAACGAAUGGGAGAUCCCCUACCUGCCCCUGGAUCCGCAGGACAUCGGACGAAACUACGAGGCCGUCAUCCGUGUCAACUCCCAGAGCGGAAAGGGCGGUGCCGCCUGGGUCAUUCUGCGCAGUCUGGAGCUGGAUCUCCCGCGCGCCCUCCAGGUCGAGUUCAGCAAGGUCGUUCAGCGCCGUACGGAAGAAGUCAGCCGCGAGCUGCGCGCCAGCGAAAUCACCAGCCUCUUCGAAGAGGCCUACCACCUCAAAUCCAACCCCCGCUUCAACCUGGUCGACUACAACAUCAGCACGGAUCGCUCCACCUCCCCCGCCCCCCCGGAGCCCGGAAAGGCCCUCAACACCAAGAACCUCAAGCGUCGUUUCACCGGUAUCAUCGAAAUCGACGGCAUCCAGCACGCCAUCACUGGUGUUGGACCCGGUGCCAUCUCCUCUCUGGCCCAAGCCCUGUCGAGCCUGGGCAUCGAUCUCGACGUUGUCGACUACAAGGAGCACUCGAUUGGCGGCGAUGCCUCGUCCGGUCGUGGUCGUGAUGUGAAGGCCGCCACGUACAUUCAAUGUACCGCGGCCGGCAGCAAGGAACAAGUCUGGGGUGUCGGUAUCCACCAGGAUGUGGUCCAGGCCAGUUUGAUCGCUCUCCUGAGUGCUGCUAGCUCGUUCCUCACCAGCCGCGCCGGUUCCCCGGCCCCCUUCCGUCCUCAUCGCUCCAGCACCCUCACCGCUGAUGACAUCCAAGCCCUGAACAACCUGCACGGCGCCAGCGAGGCCGCGGUCUUGGCCGCCAAGUCGGCCGUGAACAGCAACUCCACACCCAAAGUUGAUCUGGAGGCUCUGACGAAACAAGCCGAUAGCGUGUAA